CGCCACCCGGCGUGCAGAUAUGCGCCACCCAGACCCCGACCUGGGUCGCGUUCUGAAGGUCUCUAUUAGGAGACCGUGCCAUACACUUGCCCCCAGAGCACCGUGACAGCCCGGGCGAUGUUAAAGAGGCUGCGACGACGCUCAAAGACUACACGGUCCACUCACUCUGAAGCCAGCACAACUCCCUUCCCCGAGCCAGUCAUGGCGACCGCACAAAGCACUAACAUUGCAGAUACUGAAUACGCCCGGCAGCGAAGGGAGGUCUACGCACUGCUGAAGGAUCUGAAGGAACUAGGUGCACAGUCGAACAUUCGCAUCCCGAGAAUCGCAGUGAUAGGUGCUCAGUCUACCGGCAAGAGUUCCCUAGUGGAAGCAGUUACCGGCAUCAACGUCCCUCGCGAUAGUGGAACAUGCACAAGAUGUCCGAUGGAAUGCACAAUCUCCACGGCAGCGCCAGACUGGCAAUGUCAGAUAUCCCUGCAGUACGACCCGGACGGACAGACUCGUAGGGAGCCGUUCAGUGGGGUGCUGAAUUCCAAGGCAGAAGUCGAGAUUUGGGUCCGUCGCGCACAGACGGCGCUGCUCAGCCCGCACGUGCCGCGCGACUCCUUCAAGACGAAGACGUACCAGGAGCUCAAGGAGCUCACCGCUUCCGAUCCGCAGAUGCUGAAGUUCGCGCGAGAUGUCGUCGUCGUCGACAUCAACGACCCGCAGGGGACGGACCUGUCGUUCAUCGACCUACCUGGGCUCGUGCAAAACAUGGAUGACGAGGUGAUCAACCUUGUGAAAGACCUCGUUGAGCGUUACAUCGCGGACGACUCCACUAUCAUUCUCAUCACUGUCCCAGCGAACGACGACAUGGAGAACCAACAGGCUGCUCGUCUGGCGAGAGAAGCCGAUCCCGAUGGCGAACGAACCAUAGCUGUCGUGACCAAGCCCGACAGCCUCACAGACGGAGAGAUAGGAGCGCAGGAACGAUGGCUGAACAUCCUGCAAGGACGCGUGCCCGAUCACGAAUUGCGCCUGGGCUACUACAUUGUCCGCCUGGCCAAUGACACCGAGCGCAGAAGCGGUAUCACACGUCAAGACCUGGAUCGGCGCGCCGACGAGCUGUUCUCGACCACCUUGCCGUGGAACCAGAUGCUGAACUCGGGCAGGCUAGGCUUGCGCAACUUCAUCAACGACAUCAGUAAACUGCUGAUGGGUAUAAUCGAGGAUGCCAUCCCGCGAUUGAGAGAAGAAGCUGAGGCGCGGCUCGCUCAGAUCAACCACGAUAUUGCAGGCUUGCCCGAGAAGCUUACGGCGGAUCCGACGACUGAAGUCUUCAGCCGGAUGUCCAAGUUCUGUACAGCUAUGCAGGACGACGUGUAUGGCCGCAGCGAGGACAAGGAAUUCGUUCACGAAAGCCAGGCAGUGUACAAAGACUUCAAGAUCGCGAUUUACAAGACUCUGCCCGAUUUCCGGCCUUUCAUCGAUCAUGCGAAACAUCAGAAGCCUACCGACCCUCCGUCCCAGAGUGACCAGAUGGACCAGGAUACUCACGACAUAGUCGUCGACUUCGAAAACGGACCCUUUGACCUCGAGUAUGUACGCUGGGUGAUCAAAGAAUGCACCGGUUGGCAGCUACCGCCCCAUAUCCCAUAUGAAGCGAAGGAGCGACUCAUCGGUCUGUCUGUUGACAAGUGGCCCGCUCCGGCUGCUGCGUGCUACGAGCGGAUUCGUGUACUUUCGCGCGAGUACAUCGACUCGAACGUCCGUGACCACUUUGGCCAAUUCAAGCCCCUCGAGUCUUACAUUGGUAAACUCAUCAGGGAUGAACAUCAGGCGCACCACAAGAAAGUCUCGGAAGCUGUACGCGAUGUUGUCGAACGGGAGAAACUGCCGUACAUCACUCAGAAUCUCCACUACCUCCACUCGGCGAGAGAGAGUUGGCUGCAGCACUAUCGCUCGGCCUACGGCAUUUCCGUGACAACAUAUGAUUCCUACGGACGACUCCGUUGUGCGUAUGAAGACGAGCUGACCGUAAUGGCGGAUGUUCGGGCGUAUGUCCAAGUCGCUUACAAGAGGAUCAUCGACAAUAUCCCGAUGACAAUCCAGCGGGACCUCAAUCAGGUCUUCGUCGACGACCUGCUGAAACGCCUGAUCAGCAAGUUGGAUCUAGAGAGCGCAGAUGCGUCGGACCGAUUGAAAAAGCUGCUCGAGGAGAACCCUGUGAUUGCGAAUCGGCGCGUGCAGCUCGCGACGGAUCAGCGACGGCUGGAGGAUAUCGUUACGAAGUUGAGCAAUUUUGUGGUCUAGAGUGGUGGUGCUUACAGAACCGUUGGAUGUGUUCAUGACGCCAUCAUAAGCUUGAGAGAUCUGUAUAUUGAGAAGAUGUUGAUUAUUCGGAAGCAAAUAGACGUCAGUGUAUACCUGA